AUGGCUUUCGACUUAGUGUACAUCCCCUUUGUACUGGAUUCCAUGAGGAUCCAGGACAUCAAAAAAUGGUACGGAGACGUCAUCACCAUGAUUGCUACUGCUACUCUGAAGCUUCACAAAGGCACAUGCAGGUUCAAAAUCGAAGUAGGCGUUCGACCAGAGAUGCGAUUGCAUCUAAACAAGCAGUCGAUUGCACACCGGGAUAUCAAAUCUUCAAAUGUCUUGGUGCGGAAUGACAUGAGUUGUGUGAUUGGCGAUUUUGGUUAUUCAGUAAAGAUGGAUUCAUUGGCAUCGUCGAAGUUCAUAAUCGAACAGCAAAUAGGAACACGCAGGUACAUGCCGCCGGAAGUAAUCAACAGAACUAUCAAUCAUCGCGACUUCAACGCUUUAAAAUUAGCGGAUAUUUAUUCGGUAGCUUUGGUUUAUUGGGAAAUCAUCAACCGUACUGGAAAUACAGGCGAUGACCCAAAGAAAGCUGACAUUCGCGUUUCGAUAUCGUUGCAGUCCAAUAACGUGGUAUGUUACAAGUCUCUUGGAACCAUAGCACUUUACAACACCGGGUCUUUUCAAAUGACGCUUGACAAGAUAUUGUCAGCGUUCAGCUGA